UGCUGUGAGGAGCUGCUGCUGUUGGGUUUUUCUCUUGGCCCCCCUAACAAUUCCCCCCUUUACCCCACAGGUGGAGAAUUGCACCUGGAGUGGGGGAGGGGUGCAGAAGAAGGGAUGAAGCUGGCACAGAUUGUUCCUGGUGAAUAUUGAUACAAUUUGUUCCAUUUCUCCAGAAAGUGGAAGAAGUCGUGUUUCACCUCUAGAGCUCAGCCUGUGCUGUGGGAGAGGGAGCCCAUUCAGCCUUGCUCCACUAGGGGGGUCCUGGAGUUUUGGAUUGGGGAGUAGCAGGGGGACUUCCUGCUCUCAUUACAAUGACUCUGGGAACCGACAUGUCUGAUAACUCCAUGCUUUCUGAAGACACCGACAUUGACGUGGUCGGUGAUCUGAGCAGCGUGAAGGAUGGUAAAUACUCCGACUAUAACUCUGACAACGAUUCGGACGAUCAUGCCUCCAGGAACCUGCGAGGGGACGCUGCGUCCCCAGACCUGUCCUCGGGCUCAGAUUCCCACCAGAGAGAGGGUGAGAAGAACCCCAAAAACACGCUGGUGAAGCCCCCCUAUUCUUACAUUGCCCUGAUCACAAUGGCCAUCCUGCAGAGCCCCAAAAAGAGGCUGACCCUCAGCGAGAUCUGCGAAUUCAUCAGCAACCGCUUCCCCUAUUACAGGGAGAAGUUCCCAGCCUGGCAGAACUCCAUCAGACACAACCUCUCCCUCAAUGACUGCUUUGUCAAGAUCCCCAGGGAGCCUGGCAACCCUGGCAAAGGCAACUACUGGACCCUGGACCCUGAGUCUGCAGACAUGUUCGACAAUGGGAGCUUCCUCAGGAGAAGGAAGAGGUUCAAGAGACAGCAGAGUGCUGAGAUCCUGAGGGACCCCAGCAGCUUCAUGCCAGCUUUUGGAUAUGGACCUUAUGGCUACAACUAUGGACUCCAGAUGCAGAGCUAUCAUCCGCAUCAUGGGAACCCCUUCUCCUCCUUCCCAGCACCCCCUUGCCCCAUCCCAGCCACAGCCACUGUGUUCUCCAGCCCAGCCCCAGGUAUACCCCCUUACCUUGGCAACGAACUGACCAGGAAGUCCUUCUACUCUCACCUCAGCCCCCCUAUACCUUUGCUACAGUCCUUAAAGACAGAUGGACAGAGUCGACCUUCCUUUUCAAUAGACAAUAUCAUAGGAGGGUCUGCCCCAUCCAAUAGCCCCACUUCACCCUACACAACCCAGUCAGGGGGACAGCCAUCAGUCAUUGCAAUGUUAACCCCUUCACUGACUCCCAUGCAGAACCAUUUAAACCUGGCCCAUGAAAACCUCUUGCAAUCCGGACAGAACUUUUCCAGUAAAAUAGCAAAUCUUAACAGCUGUCAUUUUUAAACAAUACAAAAAAAAAUAUGUGAAAAUAUCUCAACCUGUGUAUUUAAGGUAGGAAUUAAUUUUAAUAUGGAACUUUUGACGUCACCAGCAAACCCUCCUGUUCCCCCUCUCCCGAUUCUGUUUUUAUUUAUGAAAAUAUGUAAAUAUUGCCAGCUGUAUAGCUUCUUGUUUUUAUUUUAUUUUUUAAAUUUUCUUCUCACUUUUAGACAAAUUUAUAGGGUCGUUGAACCUCUGUUUUAAAAUUAAUUUUCAAUAGUUUUUACUAUGAAAGUAACUUAAUGAAGAGGAGACUGUGCGAUAAACGCUGGUUAACUCUUAAACUAAAAGUGGCAAUUAGAUAAAUAUUUGUUUUCACCACCCUGGUGUUUAAAAGGUUAAA